AUGUCGCUUUCAUCUCGAUCUGUAUCUGUGUCAGCCUCGAGCACCGCGACAACGCCCAUCGACACCCAGGCACCGAAAGCAAAGAAUGGGUUGAGAAGUGCCCUGGUUGCCGGAUCCAGUUUUUUCAACAAGCUGCUUCAAGAUGAGCCCCCCAAAAGCGAAUCAGGCGAUGCCGAAAUCCCAGCAGCCCCGCCCGUACCCGACAACAACAACAAGAACAAUGAGGGUGGUGAAGAAGAAGAAAAAAAACAAAAUGAUGAUGGUGAUGGUGAUGAUGAUGGGGAGGAGACUGGAGACAAGGAUAUUGAUAUAGUUGCCGCCAUACGCAACUUAAACUUGGUGGACGUUGACGACGAUGAAGUGGCUCUUAUUGAAGAACACGACGACUUGAAUAAUCCUGCAACAGCAACAGCAACAGCAACCGCGGGGAAUGGAGGCACUCAUCGCCACUUUAAGCCAUACAAUGCGCAAGGCGUGGGUUUGGGGAGUGGUCGAAGUAGCUCAUUUUCCACUGCUGCACAUGGCGCCAAUUGGAGAAAUGACACUCUGGGUGCAGCAAGCGGGGCCGAUUUGAGAAACACAAGUCUGGGCUCGAGCGAAGGGUUCUUAUCCGAUGCUAGUAGUGGUGGUAACAAUUUCACCUCAUUCAUCAAACCGAUUGCGGCGGACUCCAAGGAUGGAGAUGCAAAUGGAAUUCAUUUGCCCCAGCCAACAGAGCGAUCAGGAGGUGGUCAAUUUAUCCCUCCACACAUGCAACCCCACCACCCCCACCACCACUUGCCUCCACCAAUUAAUGUCCACAUGAGCUCUCACAUGCACCCGGGAGUGCCACCACCACCACCACCACCACCGCCACCGCCAUUCAGCCCCUUUUCACCUGCGCCACCAAUGGCUCACCCUCAAGACUCGCAUCCACCUGGGCCUCCUGGGCCACCGGGCCCACCUCAUCAUCAUCAUCCGAUGUUGCCCUAUCAAUACCAUGCAGGAGGACCUCCCGGAGAGUUUCCUUCUUUUGAUAUGAAUGCAAGUGGAAUGCCACCUGCUGCAAUGCAGCAUGCACUGGGCUCUGUGUGGAAUUCAGCCCCUCCACCUCCGCCACCACCACUUUCUCAUCCUCCUUCCUCACUUCCUCCUGGACAAGUGAUGGGUUCAGGUUUGAACCUGCCCGGACAGCUUUAUCAACAACAACAACAACAACAACAACUACACCACCAACAGCAGCAACAGCAACAGCACCAGCACCACCACCAGCACCCGCAUCCACCACUGCAUUUUCCAAGACAUGGGCAGAAUCUAAAUGGACCAAAUUUCCAUCAGCAGCCACGCAACGGACAGUUUGGUUUCCAUGAGGGUGGAGGAGGCAAGAGAUUUGCUCGCAACGGCAAUAAUCAUCGAAACAGGAACGGUGCAAAAUUCAACAAUCAGCAACAGCAACAAUUCCAAUCUAAUCAGUUCCGCCGGGGUGAGGAUGCGCGUAAAUACGCCGAUGCCAAGAUAUAUGACUUUGAGGGCUCUUUAUUGAGCUUAUGCACUGAUCAACACGGAUGUCGGUUUUUACAACGGGAAAUCGAAGAAGAACAAAAGAGGAUUUUACAAAAGAGUAAAGCACUGGUAAAGGAAGGAGAGGGAGAAGAAGGUGAAGGAGAAGUAAAAGGAGAAGAAGGAGAAAACAAAAAGGAGGGAGUAAAAGAUGAUAGCACCAAGCAGGUUAAAAUAGAGAAUGAGGUGGCAACGAUGCUAUUCAAAGAGGUUUAUUUCAACGUUGUUGAGCUAAUGAUGGACCCCUUUGGCAACUACUUGAUUCAGAAAUUAGUUGAAUGCAUCACCAGCGAACAGAAAUUGCAGUUGAUUGAGAUUGCCCAGGGUGACUUAGUGCGAAUAUCAUUAGAUUCACACGGGACGCGGGCUCUACAAAAAUUCAUCCACUGUCUUAGCAAUGACAAUAGCGACGAGAAAGAAGACGACAAAGACGAUGACAACCAACUGGAACAAAAGAUCAAACAGAUUUUGAUUGCAAGCUUUUCGAAUGAUGUGAUUACUCUAUCUCGCGACUUGAAUGGCAACCACGUGAUCCAGAAAUGUCUCAAGAAACUAAGAGGCAAGUCGAAAACCGACUCCAAGCCAGAUAACCAAUUCAUCUUUGACACGUGUCUUGCAAACAGUGAGCUAGUUGCCUGUCAUCGACACGGGUGCUGUGUUCUUCAGCGAUGCUUGGAUUACGGUACCAAAGCCCAAAUCAAGCAGAUGAGCACGGGACUUUCUGCCCACGUUGCCACCUUCACAAUAGACCCCUAUGCCAACUACGUGGUUCAGUAUGUGCUUACCCACGGCGACCCCGAAAGCAUCGAUGUGAUUUUGAAUCACCUCAAAUCGAAUUUCUACACGUUGUCCAUGCACAAGUUCGGCUCUAAUGUGAUUGAGCGUUCAUUGCGCAUAAGCUCCAAUGACGAGAGCGGCAGAUUAAAAGUCAAAGAUGAAAUGAUUCAGGUGUUGUUGAACAAUUUGACAAGCAAACAGUUCCAUGACAUAUUGAAUGACGCGUACGGCAACUAUGUGUUGCAAACAUGCUUGGACGUUGCCAAUUUGGAAGACUUGCAAAAAUUGAGUAAUGUGUUGAUGCCCUUUUUACCCGAGAUCAAACUGACUCCUCACGGCCGCCGGAUCUUGAAUAAGCUCCUGUAA